UAUUACCCGGAUGUGUGAUCAAGACUACCGGAAGUGAAUUACUGAAACCCAAGUUGAUUGUGAUUUCCCUACCAGAGCAGACGUGUUCCACGGACCAGUUUCCUAACACGCCGCUGUCCUUGGGAUAUAUCAACUCAAGCUAUUGACUCGCCGUCCAUCUACCCCAAAAGAAAACGGGACAACCUCAAUGAGGCAUUCUUAUCGUCCCCAACUUACCUUGCUGUAUUCACAGACCAAGUGAUCAUGUCUGAGAGCCCCCAGAAACGUUCCUGGAAGAAUGCUGUGAGGAGGAGUAACAAGUUUGAAGACCUCAGGCAUCAGGAUGAGGGUGUGUUUAAUUGUAUUCUGCGAUUAAGCCAAAAUCAAGUCUUGGUAGAGUACAAAAGCCUUUAUCUCGCCCUCAUGCAGUUACCUAACCGGGACUUCAAACGUGCUGCCAUCCUCCAGUACGAAUUGGCUCGGAAAUUAGGCAACAACCGGUGGAUUGGCAACUUCCGUAAAAGCUGUCAGUGUGAUCUGCCGGAUGAUUGGAUUGACCAAAAUCUUCCUUCGUUGGAUGGUAAGAGGCUCCAUACGAAACAAAAAUCAUCAAAGCUGUAUGUGACCGAGUUAUCGCGUGACAUUCGGCUAAAGGAGGAUCCUACUAUCCAAGUGGUCCGAGAGAACAUGGGUCCGGAAACGGAACCAUGUAUGAUGGCAGAACCUAGACCCUCUACCUCAUCUGUAGAUUCUCAGCCUCCUAGAAGAUCAGAGGAUAGGAAUUCAAGACCAGAAACGAGGAUCAGGACGGAUGAGAGAAGAUCACGACCUUCCACAAGAUCUAGAGGAAGGAGUUCUAGGCGUGAAGAGAGGUCAUGGACAGAUGAAGGAAGAUCAUGGUAUCCAAGGGAACCAGAGGAAAGGAAGUCUUGUGGUAGGCAACACAGGCCAGAGCGAAUUGACCGGAACCAGACUGGAUAUUCCCGGUGCCCACCAGACAGGAAAGUACAGAGUAAUAAGAGAACCCUGUCAGUCACAGUACGUGGUGAGUCACCUGCGGAAAAGUCUAGACAGUCGGCAACAUCGGUAGAAUAUUGUCCAUUGGCUACGUGCAGCUCUUUAGAUAGAAGAGUUCGGAGGCACGCUGUCCAACGACAUAUGCCAGAAAUAUUCCGAAUAGUUUCUGCUGAUUUUUCCGUUCUGGUUAAGUGCGUUUUAGCCCUGCGGUGGUUGAUAACAACAGCCUUAGGAGAAGGAGCCACCUUGGAAGAUGCAGUGCAGGUAGUAAACGCAUCUGGAAAGAUUACUCUGUCGGCCAAGUUGAAUCCCCUCCAUCAUGAUCUAUUUACUCAGGUUUGUGGCCUGAUGAAUAUUCCAGCACCAACACAGUUUUCAUUACAUCCAGUAAACUCACCUGCGGUAUUGAUGUUCUGGAGAUGUAUCCUGGCACUUUUGGACAAUUGCAGCCUAUCCUUACAGGAGAGUUUUGCAAAGUUCAAUAGUGAAGUACCAUACUUGCAGCCUAGAGACCAGGAGACUACGCUUGACAGGCCAGUUGUGGUCGCAAGUACUGCUGUGUAUCCAGAAACUCAGACCGUCGUUGAGGAGUUGGUCAUGGAAGAGGUUGUGAUGGUGGACGAGACUAGCACGGACGAGAGAGAAGCGACCGGACAUAGUUGUGUACCAGCUGUGUUUGACAGUCACUUCCACUUGGACCGUACGUGUCGGGUGAUCUGGGGACACGAUGAGGGACACACGGUAGAAGAUCUUAUUGAGUUUAGUGUGUCGGAGCGAGUCGAGUAUAAACCAGCGUUUCCAGUAAGAGUAGUGGGAGGGAUAAUCGUCUACAGCGAACCCAGGACGUAUCCAGACAAUGCCUUCAAUUUGCAAGGACCUUGGAGAGUCGCAGUAGGCGUGCACCCGAAACACUAUCAUACCCUUACAUUGGAAAAAGCGAUGAAGCUCCAGCAGUUACUGGAUCACCCACAGGUUGUGGCGCUAGGAGAGUGUGGGUUGGACCGGACCAUAUCACCUACUGAAUGGCUUCAGCAGGAGGAUGUUUUCAUCAAGAUGCUGAGACUUGCUAAGCCCACCCAACCACUUGUUCUACAUUUGCGAGGGCCAGCAGGGGAUGUAUAUGGUUCAGACGUUCACUGUCGUUGCAUGAUGUUGAUGGAGAAGCAUUGUAGCAGAGAUCAGCGCAUACAUGUCCAUUGCUUCAUGGGAACCGCAGAUAUAGUGGAGUUUUGGCAAACGAAGUUUCCAAAUGUAUAUUUUGGCAUUACAGCUGCCAUUAGAUAUUUCAACAACGACCAGCUUACCGGGCUAAAAGCCAUUCCAAAAAGUAAACUGUUGUUGGAAACAGAUGCUCCGUAUUUUCCCUUGGGAACCUCUUUAGUCAGCACACCAGCCUACCUCGGGGAGACUGCAGCUUUUGUGGCAGUUCAUUUGGAUAUGAGACCGCCCGAUUUGCUACAGCUCACCUUAAACAACAGCCGGAGAUUGUACCGUGUCUAAGUGCGCUGUGAGUGAGCAGAGACUGUGUAUAUAGGAAGAUGUUACUCUGGCGUCUUCAACUGUGUUUUUAUCUAUCUGUUAAGAUACUAUUUGGGUGCCUUUACCAGACUUUGUUUAUUGUUCUUAGGGGUGGAUCGAAGAUAUUUAUUAGGUACCUUCGUCCUGAUUGAUAAUUUUAACAUGUUAAUGUAUAUACCUUUUAAUUUUGAUUAAUGGGGUUCAGCCUUCACAAUGGGAGAGGGAGGAGUGUAGUAAAUUUCUAGGCGACUUAACUUGGGUUAAGCUGUCUAUACUAUAUUACCCGGAUGUGUGAUCAAGACCUUACCGGAAGUGAAUUACUGGAACCCCAGUUGAUUGUGAUUUCCCUACCAGAGCAGACGUGUACCACGGACCAGUUUCCUAACACGCCGCUGUCCUUGGAAUAUAUCAACUCAAGCUAUUGACUCGCCGUCCAUCUACCCCAAAAGAAAACGGGACAACCUCAAUGAGGCAUUCUUGUCGUCCCCAACCCCAGAGCGCUCGGUUGUAGCCAAACGGGAAAGAAACAGGGUUCUUGCUGAAUUACUUGGUCCUGAUCAAGCCACUGAGGAAAGAGAAAAUGAGGGCAUGGAUACAGGAUGUAUGAUGGUAGCCGCAGACACUCUGGGUCCAUCUGGUCCAGAUCCAGCUACAUGUAAUCAGCAUGAAG